AUGAAGAACAUGCAAAUUGACAAUGGCAAAGGUGCUGUGGAGAACAACAAGGGUCAGAAUAAGGGUGGAAAUAACCAUCCAAAUGGUGUCCAACAAGGACAAAAUCCCCAACAACAACAACAAAUGCUUCAGCAACUACAACAGCUUCAACAGCUGCAACAGCUUCAACAGAUGAAAGGGUUUCAGGAUCAAAAGGGGGUGCCGCCUCAAUUGAAGAAUAUGAAGAUGCCGAUCCAGAACCCCAACAACCCAAAAGCAGUGAAGCUCAAUUCCCCUGAAGAUGAUGAUGAUGGCUUCUCUAAGGAGGGGGAAUCUGAUGAAGAAUCUGAGGAGGCGGAGUCUGAUGGUGAUGAUGUGGAGGAUCCUGAACACCCUCUGAAUAAGAUGAAACUCCCCGCGAUGAACAUGCAUCACCCACAACUCGUGAUGAAUGCUCCUCAGAAGGCUGAGAAUGGUGGUGUUAGUGGCAGCAAUGACAGUGGCGGAGGUAAUGGGAAGAAAGGAGGACCUUUGCAUGUUCAAAUGCAGGGCAUGGGUGGUGGAAAUGGAGGUAAAAAAGGAGGUGAAAACGAUCAGAAUCAGGGUGGGGUUAACAUCAACAUUGGUGGCAAAAAUGGAGGUGACAUUCCAAUGGCAGAGGCUAAAAUCGGAAACAAGAAUGGUGCUGGUGGCAGCGGCGGUGGCAUUCCACACAACAAUGGGGGCAUGAAGGGUGCUGGGAUGAGUGGUAAUGUUCGAGCUAUGAACAAUGGAUUCCUAAACAUGGGUGGGGCUAAUGCGCGCCCUAUGGGUGGUGGUAACAUGAACAUGCCAAUGGGUGGAGCCAUGCGCAACAAUCCAAUGAACCAAGUUGGCCACAAUCCAAUGAAUCAAAAUGGCAACAAUCCAAUGAAUCAAAUGGGCAACAAUCCAAUGAACCAAGUGGGUAACAUGCCAAUGCCAAUGAACCAAAUGGGCAAUAUGCCAACAAUGAACCAAAUGGCUAACGUCCCAGCUGUUCAGGGCCUCCCAGCAGCGGUGGCGAACGGUGGCGGCAGGUACUACCAAGGAGGUGCUCCGGAGAUGAUGCCUGGAAAUCCCUACAACCAGCAGGGACAACAGUUCAUGUAUGCAAGGCCUCCUCCUGCGAAUGUGAAUUACAUGUAUCCUCCUCCUUACAACUAUCCUUCUCUAGAGCUUUAUUCCAACUAUUUCAAUGAUGAGAAUACCGCAGGCUGUAGUGUCAUGUGAAGAAGAACUGGAUGCUGGUGGUGCUGGUGCUGAUAGAAGAGGGUGGUGGCUGGUCGGUUAUGAUUGCAGGCCUUUCAGAUCUGAUGCAAUCUUCUCAUGCAGUAAAAAAAAGACUUUUAAUUUUAGUUUUAUUUUCAGUUUCCUUUUACCCCUUUACAUCCAAA